CAUCGUCAUCAUCGACGACAGAGCAUCGACAAUGGCGAGCCUGGCAUCGAAUUUCGCGAGGCUAUCCAUCCUGCGCCCCAGCCUGCCCAUGCUGGGCGCUACGCUGGCCACAAGGCAUGCUGUCGCAUCGACAUCGACGAGGGGAGCCCGGGUGGUUGGCGGCAGGAGGCAGAGCUACGCAACGAUUUCGUCCCCACCUUCCAUCUUCAGCAUCGGUAAUCUCAAGCCACUGCAGCCCAAGAAGAACGUCAAGAGAUUGGGAAGAGGACCGUCGUCGGGCCGAGGCGGGACAUCGACGAGGGGCCACAAGGGACAAAAGGCCCGCUCCGGCAAUGGCAAGCCGACGCCAGGGUUCGAGGGUGGCCAAACACCAUUGAUGAGGAGAUAUCCCAAGCGAGGCUUUACAAAUAUCCAUGCAAAGCAAUACGUCGUCGUCAAUGUCUCACGAAUCCAAGACUGGAUCGACCAGGGACGAAUCGAUCCUUCGGUUCCCAUCACGGCGCGAGAGUUGCUGAACUCUCGUUGCGUGCAUUCAGUCGGUGACGGCGUCAAGCUGCUGGGCGAUGGCGCAGAGGAGCUCCGAACACCGAUCAACAUCAUUGUCUCGCGUGCUUCUUACUCCGCAAUUGAGGCCGUCGAGCGUGUCGGAGGGGCCAUCGAGACGAGGUACUACACGGCUACGACGCUGAGGGCGCUCACCAAGCCCCACCUCUAUGUCAACAGAGUGCUGCCGCGCCAGCCUGACCCGGUGUCCAAGAAGGAGCUGGUCUACUACGCAAACGUGGCAAAUCGUGGAUACCUUGCAAAGCGACCCGCGCCGCCCAAGAAGGAAGAGGAGCCAGAGGAGCCGGCACCGAGCGCUGCGCCCGUCGCAGAAGCAGUCCAAGGGCAGCCAUGAAGGAAGCAGCACGCGCAUGCAUUCUCUUAUUUUAAUGUAUUCUAUGAUACUGUGGAAAGAUAAAGAGAACCAUAAACGAACUGACUGUCCAUGUAUGGCAUGAGACGCGAUCCCGAGGAGGUGAUUAAGAGAAGGGGCGCGAAGAAAGUCGCCAUCACACCUCCCAUGCCUUUGGCUGCCCAUCGUCUCUAGGCACGAAUCUCCGGUCGACCUCGCCGUUGGGUCGAGAGACGAGGUUGUUGUCCAGUGUGCUGUUCAGCGCCUCUUCGAGCUUCUUUCUGCUCUCUUGGUUCUCCCCCUCGCCUUCACCCCCUUUACCCGCCGCGCGCUUCUCCUUUUCGAGCUUUCUCCGCUUCUCGUCGGCGGCCUCGGCCAGCUUCCUGUGCCUCUCGACUUCUUCGAGGAUGGACCGGGCUCCGCGCUUUGUCGCCAGCUCCCUCGCCACCUCCUGGCCCAGCUGUCUCGCAUCGUC